AAGAGCCUCUUCUAAAUUCUAAUGACAAUGGAUGAAAUUUUUGCUUACAUUAUUAUCUUUCUUGUGCUUACCUUAUUUUCAUUCAUGUUGUUACCAAAACGAAACAGAAAACCUCAAAAGCAGACAAGUGCAAAGCUUCCUCCAGGUUCAAUGGGAUGGCCGUACAUAGGACAAACCCUCCAACUCUACUCCCAAGACCCAAAUGUUUUCUUUUCCACCAAAAAGAAGAGGUACGGCGAAAUAUUCAAGACCAACAUCCUUGGUUGCCCGUGCGUGAUGCUGGCAAGCCCUGAGGCUGCACGCUUUGUGCUUGUGACUCAAGCUCAUUUGUUUAAGCCAACAUACCCGAAAAGCAAGGAACUUUUAAUAGGCCCUUGUGCCCUGUUUUUCCACCAAGGAGAGUACCACAUGCGUUUGAGGAAGCUAGUUCAGAGGUCACUGUCCCUUGAUGCACUUCGCAACUUGGUGCCGGAUAUUGAAGCCUUAGCCAUAUCUGCCAUGAAAUCUUGGGGUGAUGGACGCGUCAUUAACACAUUUAAGGAAAUGAAAAGAUUUUCUUUUGAAGUUGGCACCCUCGCAGUUUUUGGAAAUCUAGAGCCUCGGUUGAGGGAAGAGCUAAAGAAGAACUACUGGAUUGUGGACACAGGCUACAAUUCCUUUCCAACUCGCAUCCCAGGAACCCAAUACAAAAAUGCACUGUCUGCAAGAAAGAGACUUGGCAUGAUUUUAAGGGAAAUAAUUUGUGAGCGGAAGGAGAAGAAAUUGCUUGAAAGAUCAGAUCUCUUGAGCUGCCUACUGAAUUGGAAAGGUGAGGAAGGAGAAGUCUUAACUGAUGACCAAAUAGCAGAUAACAUUAUUGGGGUGCUUUUUGCUGCUCAGGACACCACAGCUAGUGUCAUGACAUGGAUGGUAAAGUACCUCCACGAUGAACCGAAACUUCUAGAGUCUGUAAAGGUGGAGCAAAAGGCAAUUCAUAAGUCAAAUGAAGGUAACCUGCCGCUGAGUUGGAGUCAGACUAGAAACAUGCCAAUAACCUACAAGGUUGUGUUAGAGAGCUUGAGAAUGGCAAGCAUUAUAUCAUUCCCUUUCAGAGAAGCAGUAGCUGAUGUAGAGUACAAGGGGUUCCUGAUACCAAAAGGCUGGAAAGCAAUGCCUCUGUUCAGAAAUAUUCAUCACAAUCCAGAAUUUUUUCCAGACCCUCAGAAAUUCAACCCUUCAAGAUUUGAGGUCGCACCAAAACCCAAUACUUUCAUGCCAUUUGGUAGUGGAGUACAUGCCUGCCCCGGCAAUGAGCUUGCUAAGCUGGAGACUCUAAUUAUGAUCCAUCAUUUGGUCACCAAUUUCAGGUGGGAAGUGGUGGGAUCGCAGUGUGGGAUUCAAUAUGGCCCAUUCCCAUUGCCUUUGAAUGGACUUCCAGCCAGAUAUUGGAGAGAACCUACCAGCUAGAAAAAGCAGCAUGGGAAGAAACGCAUGAUAUCAUAGCUGAGAAGCAAUCCACUUUCCAAAGUCACAAAUCUUUUUCUUUAUCUUUUCCAUUUGUACCCUGUAUUUUUAUUUUUAUUUUUAUUUGCUAUGGUGGGCACUUCAAUUUUUGCCCCCUCUAUCCUCAAUCCUCUCCCCAGGCGUCCUGAAAGUAAGAAGGGAAAAGCCUCAAAUGGGGAU